GUUCCCUCCAUGAUUAGCAUCAGAUCACCAAGUAUUGUAUUUGCGUCAAAAUGUCAGCCCACGACGAAUUUGAGCCUUCGAGCCCCGAUUUCGUGCCUGUCCAUGAGACUGUUCCUCUGAACCGCAGUACAGACCUCGACGCAUCAGGCGCGUACAAACUCAAUGUGAAUGUGUUGAACAGGGCGAUUCAAGAAAUUGGAAUGGGUCGAUACCAAUGGCAGCUGUUUGGAGUGGUCGGGUUCGGAUGGGCUUGCGACAAUCUGUGGCCUAUUGUUACCUCCCUUAUACUUCUUCCAGUCACUUAUGAAUUCGAUGUCUCACAGCCACCUAUUCUGCUGUUGGCACAGAACAUCGGUCUAUUGCUAGGCGCGUUAUUUUGGGGGUUCGGCUGCGACAUUUUCGGGCGGCGGGUGGCUUUUAACAUGACAAUAGGGAUCACGGCCGUGUUCAGCCUGGCUGCAGCGGCGGCUUCCAGCUUUGCGGCGGUAUGUAUAUUGUCUGCGCUAUGGUCGAUCGGUGUCGGAGGAAACCUCCCUGUGGAUUCGGCCAUCUUUCUAGAGUUCCUGCCUGGGUCGCACCAAUAUUUACUUACUGUCCUGUCUGUCAACUGGGCUCUGGCCCAGCUGUUGGCGAACCUUGUCGCAUGGCCACUUGUUGGUGGCCACACCUGCUCUUCUGCCGACGGCUGCACGAGAGCCGACAACAUGGGCUGGCGCUAUUUUACCGCGGCCAUGGGCGGGCUAGCUCUGUUGAUGAGCAUUACCCGUUACUUCUUGUUUACCCUUCUCGAGUCUCCUAAGUUCCUUAUGGGCAAAGGGGAGCACUAUGAUGCUGUAGCCGUUGUCCACGAGGUAGCAAAACGUAACGGCAAGACGUGCAAUCUGACCACGGAUGAGCUUCACGACUGCUCUGACAGCGGAGCAGGGUAUAGAAGCGGGGAAUAUCACCGGCAAGGACUGAGCGCUCGCGACCAACUCAAGCUUUUCCUCGAGCCCUUCUCGAUGACCCAGAUCAGAUCUCUAUUCUCCACUAGACGGCGGGGGCUGGCGACGACCCUCAUGAUCAUCAUCUGGGGACUGAUCGGCAUUGGCUUCCCUUUAUAUAACGCCUUUUUACCAUAUCUCCAACACGAACGCGGUAUAGAAUUUGGGGAUGGCUCUACAUACUUAACAUAUCGCAACUCGCUGAUCAUCGCUGUGGCAUCGAUCCCGGGCAGUCUGGUCGGUGGUGUGAUGGUGGAGAUGCCGCAAUUGGGGCGCAAGGGCACGCUUACCCUUGCUACAAUAAUGACAGGGGUCUGCCUCCUUGCGUCGACGAGCGCUAGCACCUCCUCAGCCUUGUUGGGCUGGAACAGCGCCUACGGUUUCAGCAGCAGCCUUGUCUACGCCGUGUUGUACGCCUACACGCCGGAAAUAUUCGAGAGCAGAAACCGUGGAACAGGCAACGCGCUCGUCAGCGCGUCGAACAGGCUGGGCGGGAUUUUGGCGCCCGUGGUAGCUCUCAUGACAGACCUGCAGAGCACGUUGCCGGUAUACGUGAGUGGGAUGUUAUUUUUAGUAGCGGGAGCGUUGGUCGUGAUUGUUCCGUACGAGAGCCGUGGACGGGCAAGUGUUUAG